CCAUUUUCCGCAGUUGCUACUCUCUCUUUCUCUCACUUCGGUUGCCGGCCGGAGUUUCUCCAUCUUCCUUUUACGAACACACAAAUCUCCGAUCAUCCUUCAGUAUCAAUCAAUUGGAAAUGGCUUUCGAGAAGAUCAAAGUUGCAAAUCCCAUCGUUGAGAUGGACGGAGAUGAAAUGACUCGCGUCUUUUGGGAAUCAAUUAAGAAUAAGCUCAUCUUUCCCUUCGUAGACCUUGACAUAAAGUAUUAUGACCUUGGCCUUCUUAAUCGUGAUGCCACCGAUGAUAAAGUUACCAUAGAAAGUGCUGAAGCUACUCUUAAGUACAAUGUUGCAAUUAAGUGUGCCACCAUUACUCCAGAUGAGGCUCGUAUGAAGGAGUUUACUUUGAAGAGCAUGUGGAAGAGUCCAAAUGGGACCAUCCGAAACAUUUUGAAUGGCACGGUUUUCAGGGAACCAAUUCUAUGCAAAAACAUCCCGAGACUGAUACCAGGAUGGACAAAGCCAAUAUGCAUAGGAAGACAUGCUUUUGGUGAUCAAUACAAAGCUACUGAUGCAGUGAUUAAAGGACCUGGAAAACUGAAGAUGGUAUUUGUUCCUGAAGGACAAGGUGAAAACAUAGAUUUGGAGGUUUAUAACUUCACUGGUGCUGGAGGGGUAGCGUUGUCAAUGUACAACACUGAUGAGUCCAUUACUUCUUUUGCCGAGGCCUCGAUGAACACAGCCUACCUGAAAAAAUGGCCACUUUAUCUAAGCACAAAGAAUACCAUCCUAAAGAAGUAUGAUGGAAGGUUCAAGGACAUAUUCCAAGAAGUUUAUGAAAGCAACUGGAAAUCGAAGUUUGAGGCUGCUGGGAUAUGGUAUGAACAUCGCCUCAUUGAUGAUAUGGUUGCUUAUGCUCUUAAGAGCGAUGGAGGUUAUGUAUGGGCAUGCAAAAACUAUGAUGGGGAUGUGCAAAGUGAUUUCUUAGCGCAAGGUUUUGGAUCACUUGGACUCAUGACAUCGGUCCUGGUGUGUCCUGAUGGGAAAACAAUCGAAGCCGAAGCAGCCCAUGGCACCGUGACACGUCACUACAGGGUGCACCAAAAGGGAGGGGAAACUAGCACAAACAGCAUAGCUUCAAUUUUCGCUUGGACCCGAGGACUUGCCCACAGGGCAAAGUUGGAUGACAACGCUAAGCUUUUGGAUUUCACCGAAAAGUUAGAAGCAGCUUGUAUUGGUUGCGUUGAAUCUGGCAAGAUGACCAAGGAUCUUGCUCUAAUCAUCCACGGAUCCAAGCUCAGUAGGGAACACUACUUGAACACCGAAGAAUUCAUUGAUGCUGUAGCAGAUGAGCUGAAAGCAAGACUCUCAGCCAAAUAAAUAAUGAGUGUAUGUAUGAUGAAUUGAUUUUUAGCAUCAAUCAGAGUAGAGAUGCACAAGGCCGGUUUCAAUCGGGCUUCUUCGAUUAUUAGAUCAAUAAUGAACAUGGAAAUGCCAUCAUUAUUUUUGUUAAAUCACUUGUAUUUUGAGCCGGAAACAGCCCUCUUUGUCCGCUUCUUCUAGACCCUAUCUAUCUAUCUAUCUAUCUGUGACGUGAUAUACUGGGUUUAUUUGGAUUAUAUAUUUGAAUUUUGAUAAUUGAUAUCAAAA